UAUUCCGUAGCGGACUGCCGCAACGUACGGACGCGAAUUCGAAGCGGAUUGCCGGCAUCAGAGAGAGGCAUAGCGCCGCAGCGCCAAAGAAAAAGACCGAGAAAAAAAAGGGGGAAAGACGCGCACGAGCGUAUCGAGCAAGCGCAGCUGUGCGAGCGCGACGUGUAUGCAGUUUUCCAGUUUCCCGGAACAGCCGAGGACGAAAGUCGUCGUCACGCACGUCGUCACGAGUCGUUCGCAUAGAUCGUUCACGUAGAUCGCGAUCAAUCCCGCGAUCGAUCCCGAAGCAGAAUCACGCGAUCGCAACUCGGACAUAAGACCGCAACCACGAUAUACGCCUGGACAGUGCGAAGAGCGGCCUUUUCUCUCACUCCUGAGAGUGACGUGUGUUGAACUUUCUAAAAGAGCGACCGAGAGGAGAGAUAGUGAAGGAGAGAAAGGGAAGGACAAACUGAGCCGACGAAACGGAGACGAGACAGUAAGCCGACGAAAUGGCGUUUAUGAUGCCUGUGGUGAAAAACGAAUGGGACAUUUACAAGACCAAUCGCAGCCGGCGCUCGUCCGAAUGCUCGAAUCCUCAGGCCUGUCGCAGCCGAAAGGUCUGGCGUACCGGUAGACACAACCGUCUUGCAAAGUGCGGCACGUCCGAGCGUCCUCCCGUCUCGAUUCUUAUGGUGUCCGAAUGUUCCAAGUCGGAGGGUCCGUCGUUGUCGACUUCUCCCGGCUCCGACUUUCUCACCUCGCCCGCGCAUCGGUCCGUGCCGCUAACCUCGCGGCACUUCUCGAGGACGUCCUCGAGGGCGUCCCAGAGCUCUCUCCAGAGCCCGAGCAAGAGCACGGGCACGUCGCCGCCGAAGACCGGCAGCUCGAACUCCCUCAACAAGUUCCAUAACCGGCUGGUCGACAAACUGAAGCGCUCCCUGAAGAAGGCGGAGGACUGCGCGGAGGACCAACGAAACCUAUCGUGAAACAGUCAAGGGGUUUUGGGCCGGCCGCCCUCCGGCUCGAAACCGAUCGAGAUCCGACGCACUUCGGCACCCGUUACCGCAUCCGAGUCGAGCAGCAACGUGGCGGCACGCUCGUGUCCGGAUCCACCUUCAGCUUGGUAGAGAAGAAAGAGAAAGCGGUGAGGAAGGAGUCGAUAAUGAUUGGAAGGAGGGAGGAAGCGAGAGCAAACGGGAGAACGUGUGCGAAUAUACGUGAAUGGACGAAGGGGAAGAGAGUGGAAAGAUACACAGAUGAAUGAAAGGAGAAGAAAAAGGAAGUUCGCACACGUUCGACUCGAGGAGUUCGAAAGCGAGCACGCUCGAGUUUGUUAGCCCAGCGAGGAGGAGGAAGAGGAGGAGGGAGAGAAGGUUGAAUGAUCCUCGAGCGCCGUUGUUCGGUCCGCUGGAUGUCAACAGUCGAUCGUGUCGAGAAUCCUCGCGGGUCGAGAAAUAUCCUCGAUUGAGCGAUCGGACGAUGGGAGCGCUGGUGAACGCUCGAGAGGACGAAGAAGAGUCGCUUGGGACCGCCUGGUUCCUCCUUUGGAGGAACCGCCGUCAUUUUUUAAAAUGACGACGUUCGGUUUUGUGACAACAUCGAUGCGUGGCCAGGCCAAACAAUAUCGACGAGCCAACAUAGAAAAGAUCUAACCUUACGAUUCUUCUGUAUAAAUCUGAGAGUCUGUUUAAGAUGGAGAAGGAAGAGGGGAGUAGAAACGAAGAAGAAGAAGAGAGGAGCUAAGGAGGAACAGAAGGAUCGUAACUUACGACGCAACCGAUCGAUCGAUCGAUCGAUCGAUCGAUCGAUGUGAAUGAGGAGGAUCAUCGAAGAUCGUUGGGAGUCAAAGGACAAUCGUGAAGGACAGAGGAGUCGGCGACGGAGGAAGCGAGCUCAACCUGCAUUUCUCUCUUCGAGUGCAGACGACAGGGGGAUGGAGAUGAAGAAAAAGGGGAGAGGGAGACAGGAAGAAAGAGAAAAAGAGGGAGGAUUGUAUGCGAACAUCCAUUAGCGUGGUAAAGCAGAUUCGGGAAUCAUUUUGUGGAGGCGCGUACCGAAUAAUUUCCAAAAGUUGCCGCUUUAUGUAAGACUGCUUUAGUGAAACAAAAAAAAA